AUGGAUCUUUUACAAAAAAAAGGGCCUCUGAGUGUGGUUAACUUCACCCAGCCUUGGAACUCCAAGUUUAACAAUUUUUCUACUUUUUACGACAGCUACUCCAACUGCAUGAUUCUUUUCAGAGACGGAUUCUUUGUUAUCUGGGACAUGUAUGAUAAGCAGAAUGGUCUCGGGGAGAAUGCCUUUACUCUUAAUCUCGCAACAACCUAUAAGAAAGUAUACGGGGCAUGUGUCCACCCAGAAAAGAACUGCUUGUCCCUCUAAGUUUCUGACAACGCUCUAGUAAUACUCUUCUUGAAGGAGAAUUAAGCAGAGGAGAUCAAAUUGACAUUCGCUAAGGCAAGAAUCAUUCAUGCCUUCUCGUUUCUAUUCGGAGAUGACUACAAUUACUUCGUAGCUACUAACAUCUCCAUUGAUCUCUACAGAAUUAAGAUUGAUUCUCUUAAGGCCAAGCUUGUUAAAAACAUCGUGAUUAACUAGACUGAGCCUAUUUUUUACUACGAGCCAACAGCUAGUGUAGUCGUGGUAGUAGACAAUAAAGGACAAUGCAGCCCAUACUUUUUGAAUCUCUAUGAGUAAAAGCAGCACAAAGGCAAGACAUUUUAGAUUGACAUAUCGUAGCCUGCCAGCUAAGAGGGAUAGUAAACUUAAGAUGCAAGAGCAAGUCUCAGAGCAAGUAAUAGAUUAAGUUUCACUGAGAGGGCAUUUGGACUGUUUAAAAAGACUGAGCUAAAGUUCUCAUUAGCUGGCAAUCCUUAUAAUCAGAAUUUAAAUCACCUCGUCUAUAAGAAUUAACUCCUCGGCCAAGAGACUCAAUCAGCUUAAUCUUAAGACCCAAAUAGCAGCAUGAUGUCCAGUUAGACUGCGACAAGUCAUGGCGGAGUCAGAAGAUAGCAACAUCAGAUAUUACUGACAACAAUGUAUCACAGAGUGAUUCUAAUGCAUUACAAUCCCAACACUAGCCAAGUUCAAGCCUAUGAGCUUGACAUCAAUCAGACCUUCAAGAAUAACGGUCAUAUCUAAAUAUAUCAAUCAUCUCUAUCAGGCAAGGAUCUCAUUUAAAUGCAAACCAUUGAUAACUUACUAGUAAUUCACAACAUGGACACAAGAGCGACUCAAAUCUAUGAUUUAAAAUUAGAGGACUGGAAUAUACCUCUCCUGAGUGAAGAUGUUAAGAUUGAGUAUGGUCUAGUUAAUAAAGGUAAAUAUCUAAGUGAUAUGCUCUAGAAGGAAGAAACUAGAUACCAAGAGUACUAGAAUCAAGCUUAGAGUAGCUAACAGUAAAAUCAAAGCUAAAAUGAUAAUUUAACUGGCUAAAGGAAAGAGUCUGAUGACAUUGAUUAAUAAAAUCCUGUUGAUUUACUAGCUAGCACAGCAGAAGAUAAUUAAUUCUAGAAUAAUCUAGAUGCUAGAUACUCUUAAGAAAAUCAUUCCUCAGUUACAACUGAAUCUAACUCUCAGUAAAUAUAAGAAAAUUCAGACACUAUCAAAAUAGAAGACUCAGAUGAAGCCUAAAAGCGUAGAGAUAUUUUAAGUUAGCCAGAAGAAAAUAAAGAGGCUAGAGAGUUUGAUAUAUAUGAUGAUGGCGUAAUUUUUGUAGAUCCAAUGAUCUUAAUUGACACCAAGAACUAUAGUUGCUUGACACUUAGACUACACUUGGAGAGAUUUGCUAAGACUUGCCAUAAUGAGGGAAGAAUGAUGCUCUCUUUACUCUGCAGAAGUAGAAAUAAAUAAGUUUUCCUAAAGUAUCUAAGACUAUUGACUAUCUAGCAGAAACUAGGACUUAAUUAACUUUCACAAGUAUUCAUCAGAAUAAAUAGCAUAUAUAAGUAAGCAUCUAUAGAGCGACAAACUUUCAAGAGAAAAUACUAGUCAAGUUAGGGAGCCUAAGGUAGAAUAGUAAGUGAGAAUUAUCUUCAUUAGGGUUCUUACAUCGAACUAUUGAUAAUUCAGUUGCAAAGGAUGAGUAGGCUGAGAGCAAAUACAUCCUUUAUAGCAAAGUCACUAAACAAUCUCCUCUUAGAAUAUCAUCCAACGAAUAGAGUUCUUAGUGGAGAAGUCAUAGUAUUCUAAAAUGAGAUUCUUGAAAUCUUCAAGGACUUGAUAUCUCAUUCAUCUUGUCCACUAUCAGCAGACUUAAUACCUCCCAAAGAGUUGGUCCCUCUUGAAACUGAUAAGAUAUUAAAACCAAGGUUCGUGAUGUCAAUCUUUUUGGAAUUCCUGAGAUCCCUCAUUGAUAAUCAGAUACCCUAGUAACCAUCUUAGUAAAAUUUGUUGAUGCAUUACAUCUUAGCUACUAGAGACUUUGCUAAUCUUUAGAAUUUGUUAUAGUUCAGAGUGCUUACUGAGAAUGCCGAUCUUGCAAGAUUGCUUGUCCAGCUAGGCUCAAAAGAUUCAAAAGAGCAGAAAAAAUGCUACUACUAGCCAGCUUUCCAAAUUGGUUUGGACAUGCUCAAGAAAGUUAGAGCAUAUGAUGAUAUAGUAAUAGCAUUGUUGAAUGAGGGAUAGGUUCUGAGAGCUUUGAAUUUUGCAGUGGAUUACAAUGUGCACUCUAUGAAGAUGCUUACUUUCAAUCAAACUAUCGAAUAACUUAGAAAGGAGGGCAAAAAUAAGCAAGCAGAAAUAGUCAUGAAAAGAAUAAUGGAAGUUAGAAAGCUAGAUGAGGCAAAGUAGAGAUCAGAAAGAGAAUAUAAACCAAUAUUAGUGGAAGAAGAAUGA